AAAACAGCACAAUGAAUGGGGGAUUUCUUAGAAACCUUUCUUACUAAAAUAAACAUGAAAAAGGAAAAGCAAGAAUCGGAAUGAAGAAAAUGAAAAGAAAUCAAAGGUGAAUUAAGUAAAGAGAAAAAAGAAUAUUGAUACAGAAGAAGUGCAUAAAAAUAAACCGAACCCUUUUUUUUCGAUUUUCAACAAAAGAAUGAUAAGUGAGGACAGUGACAGUUCCUCAUCUGUAGUGCCAUGUAAAAGGCGUAAAGGUGCUAAGAAAACUAGGAAAGGGAGAAAGAAAAAGGAAGAUACUGAAAGCGAAAAUUCUUCCUCAGAAGAUUCUUCGUCGUCUGAUGAAGAACAGCCACGUAAAACAGGAAAAUUAAAAAAAGAGUGAAAAAGGAAGAUAUUGAGAGCGAAAGCUCUUCAUCAAAAGAUUCUUCAUCGUCUGAUGGAGAAGAUAUUGAGAGCGAAAGCUCUUCAUCAAAAGAUUCUUCAUCGUCUGAUGGAGAAGUUUCUCAAAAACAAAAACAAAUUAAAAAAACACAAAACAGAGACAGAAAAGAAAAAAUAUACACUAAAGGAAAUGAAAAGCAACCAAAGAAGUUACAAACAAGAAGAAAAUCAAGCCAAAGUAAUCAGUACCAAAAGCCAUUUGACGAUAAUCUGACACAAAGCGCUGUAAAAGGAUUGUCAAUGAAAAUGAAGUCUGUUGGAGCACUUGUUUCGUGUGGAGAUCCUGUUGGGACGGUGUUCAGGGUUGGUGAUAAGUAUGUGAUGACUGCAUACCAUAUUAUAAAACGGAUUCCAGGAAACUACCGGUUUGAGAAUAAGAAAACUUUUGUGAACUUCAACGAAUCUCCAUGUACUCAUCAUGACGUAAUAUUUACAUUUAAACGUCUAGUAUUCUAUGAUGAAGAAUUAGAUUUUGCUGUAUUAGAAGUUUCCAAGCCGAAAAGGCUCCCAAAAGGACUUGAGCUUAGUAAGCUUAACUGUGAUGAAUUAGGUGGAAUAAGGCUUUCGAUUAUUGGCUACGGACACCCAGGCCAGCAUAAGAAGACUUUGGACCCUUGUUGUCAUCUUAUAGAAGCCAAUUCGCCGAGGAUAUUGCAAGCUCAACAAUGGUUUAAAACAAACAGCGAUUAUCACAAAAGAAUAUUGAAAGGAACAGGGCAAAAUCCAAGUAUAGUGGAUAUUGGCUUUGGUAAUUUGAAUGAUCCAAGGAUAUUUACUAUUGACAGUUUCAUGGAACAAGGGGUAUCAGGUGCCCCAGCAUUGGUAGCAAGCGGUUAUAAUGGUCGUAUGAAAGUGUCAGGACUGAUGACACACGGGAUACCAGAGUUUUUUUAUUUGCUGCCCAAAUUGGUCACUUCCGGACGGUUUCCACCGGAACACAGAUUUGCAAGGGGAACAACAAUGAAGGCUAUCUAUACUUGUAUUAGGAAAGAGAAUAGGAAACUGGCAAAAGAACUAUUUAAUUAAGUAUUGUUUGAAAAUGCACAAUUAGUUUUCAGCUCACCUGAGCACGAAGUGCUCAAAGGUGAGCUUUACUGAUCGCCCUGUGUCCGUCGUCCGUCCGUCCGUCGUCAACAAUUUGAUUGUAAACACUCUAGAGGUCACAUUUUUGGCCCAAUCUUAAUGAAAAUUGGUCAGAAUGAUACCCUCAAUAAAAUCUUGCACAAGUUUGAUAUUGGGUUAUCUGGGGUCAAAAACUAGGUCACCAGGUCAAAUCAAAGGAAAAGCUUGUUAACACUCUAGAGGUCACAAUUUUGGCCAAAUCUUAAUGAAACUUGGUCAGAAUGUUACCCUUAAUAUUAUCUUGGAGGAAUUUGAUAUUGGGUCAUCUGGGGUUAAAAACUAGGUCACCAGGUUAAAUCAAAGGAAAAGCUUGUUAACACUCUAGAUGUCACAAUUUCGGCCCAAUCUUAAUGAAACUUGGUCAGAAUGUUACCCUUAAUAAAAUCUUGGAGGUGUUUGAUAUUGGGUCAUCUAAGGUCAAAAACUAGGUCACCGGGUCAAAUCAAAGGAAAAGCUUGUUCACACUCUAGUGGUCACAAUUUUGGCCCAAUUUUAAUGAAACUUGAUCAGAGUAUUAUCCUCAAUAAAGUCUUGGACGAAUUUGAUAUUGGGUCAAGAACAGGCCACCAGGUCAAAUCAAAGGAAAAGCUUGUUAACACUCUAGAGGCCGCAUUUAUAACUGUAUCUUCAUGAAACUUGGUCAGAAUGUUAGUAUUGAUGAUCUUGAGGUCCAUUUUGAAUCUGGGUCAUGUAGAAUUAAAAACUAGGUCAAAUCAAAGGAAAAGCUAGUUUACACUGUAGAGGCCACAUGUAUGGCCAUAUCUUGAAACUUAGUCAAAAUGUUAAACUUGAUGAUUUAUAGCUCAAAUUUAAAUCUGGGUUAGGUGGAGUUAAAAACUAGGCCACCAGGUCAAAUCAAAGGAAAAGCUUGUUAACACUCUAGAGGCCAUAUUUAUAACUGUAUCUUCAUGAAACUUGGUCAGAAUGUUAAACUUGAUGAUUUUUGAGACAAGUUUGAAUCUUGGUCAUGUCGGGUCAAAAGCUAGCUAGGUCAUGGGGUCAAAUCAAAGGAAUAGCUAGUUAACACUGUAGAGGCCACAUUUAUGACCAUAUCUUAAUGAAACUUUGUCAGAAUGUUACUCUUGAUGAUGUUUAGGUCAAGUGAGCGAUACAGGGCCUUCAUGGCCCUCUUUUUUGUAAUUCAGUUCUAUACUGGCCGAAACGAUAUGGCGAUGCUUAACGAAAAAUGAUAAGACGCAAUUGUACAUUUUAGAAGUUUGAAUCACCAGAGUUUUAAGCUAUAUAACCAAUAAACAUUAUAAGUGAGAAAAGUAAUAAGGUGAGCUAAAGACAUCUUUAAAGAAUCUGUUAAAACUAUGGACUGAUUUUCAUGCUAGACAUUAAUUUUAUAAAAAUGUAAAAUUGAUGUGUUUUUCCAUAAAUACCAGUUUUUUUACCUCUAAUUCCCGUUCUGUUUUGUCACAUUGCUUUUCUGCAAGACGAUAAUAGUUAACACUACAUGUACUACGUUACUGAAACUGAAAUUUAGCGGAUGUUAGUUCAAAGUGUUUUAGAAAAGAUACACAUGUAUUUUGAUUAUCGUUAAUGAAACUGCUUUUUUAGUACUUUAAAACGAAAUGUUGCUGAAUGUAUAAGCUGUGUUUUCUUAGCGUUGACUAACAUUGCACACUUUAAUAUGGCAGAAAAAAAAUAUUUUGAUUAUUCACAGCAGCGCAUUCAUUAUUGAUAAAUCAGUACAAAAUUAUUAAGAUAAUACUGUCUUUAUUAAAUGAGUAUCAAUUGGAUUAUUAGACCCUCUGAGCAGAAAUACCAUGUACUUCAACUUCGCAUGAAUUGCAUAGAAAGUGAUUAAUAAUCUAACAUAAGUUACCAUAUUUGCUAGUACAGGCUUUUUAGAUGUUAUUGCCUAGUAUGUAUGAAGUAAUAAGUGAUGGCAACAUAAACCAGGGCUUUGAACCUGUAUAUACAGCCUGUUUGAGCGUACUAUGUUAGGCUUUGAGCACUUACAUCGGACAAUAGGGUUGAGAUAACCUUAAUGUACAGGAUGCUGUUAUGCAUGUUCGUUUCCAUAUUUCCUGAUUGUACAUUCUAUUCUUUCUGACCACCACUAUCCACAAUACCUUCUAAAAUAUCUUUGCAUUUGUGCACGCAAUUCAUUUUUCCCAUUCAUGAACUCGCA